AUGCUUCCGAGGCUCGCUGCGUUCUCCCGGCGCCCCCCGGCUGGUCCUCUCGCUGCCGCGGCGCGGAGCCUCUUUUCGGGCUCGGUGAACAUCGACACCCCGCUGAACUACUGGGCUGGGAAGAGAAGGACCAUCCAAGAGAAGUGGACCACGGAAAAUGUUUACGAGCCAGCCACUGGGCGAGUGUUGUGCCAGCUGGAACCCUGCGGUGCCGCGCAGGUGGAUCAGGCUGUGAUGGCAGCUAAGUUGGCCUUUGGCCCCUGGAGCCAAAUGUCAGGGAUGGAGAGGGCGAGGAUCAUGAUCGAGGCCGCGCAUAUCAUCGAGAGCAGGAGAGAGGAGAUUGCAGAACUGGAGGUGGUCAACAACGGCAAGACCAUCACAGAAGCUCGUCUGGAUGUGGACUCAGCCAGAAUGUGCAUAGAAUACUAUGCUGGAGUGGCCAGCACUCUGGCAGGCCAGCAUGUCCAGUUGCCUGGGGGAUCGUUUGCUUACACCCGCAGGGAGCCUCUGGGAGUGUGUGUCGGCAUCGGCGCUUGGAAUUAUCCCUUUCAAAUAGUUGCGUGGAAGUCGGCUCCAGCCCUUGCUUGUGGUGAGGGCAGAUCUUCUUCUACAGCUGAUAACGGAUCCAAAAUAAUGGAGAUGGCGUCGAAGGGAGUCAAACCGGUGACUUUGGAGCUCGGAGGCAAAUCGCCUCUGAUCAUCUUUCAGGACAGCGAUGUGGAGAAUGCUGUGAGGGGCGCUCUCAUGGCAAACUUCCUGUCCCAAGGCCAGGUUUGCAGCAACGGCACGAGGGUCUUCGUGCAGAGGGAGAUGGUGCCCGAAUUUGUGGAGGAGGUGGUGAGGAGAACCAAGGCCAUCGCAAUAGGAGACCCUCUCUUAGAGAGCACCAGGAUGGGAGCACUGGUCAGCCGGCCACACCUAGACAAAGUCCUGUCCUUUGUGGAUCAAGCAAAAAAAGAGGGAGCCACGGUGCUGUGCGGAGGAGAACCUUUCGUGCCUUCGGAUCCCAAACUCAGCGGCGGAUACUACAUGACGCCAUGCGUCCUGGGCAACUGCACGGACGCCAUGACCUGCGUAAGGGAGGAGAUCUUCGGCCCGGUCAUGUCGGUGCUGUCCUUUGAAACGGAGGAGGAGGUGCUGCGGCGAGCCAACGACACCACAAUGGGCCUGGCCGCAGGCGUUUUCACCAGGGAUGUGAAGCGCGCCCAUCGUGUUGUCCAACAGCUGAACGCCGGCUCCUGUUUUAUCAACAACUACAACAUCACACCCGUAGAGGUGCCGUUUGGAGGCUAUAAAAUGUCAGGUAUAGGGCGGGAGAACGGACAGGUCACAAUUGAGCACUACACCCAGCUGAAGACCGUGUUUGUGGAGAUGGGGGACGUGGACAGCCUCUUCUAG